UACGUCCUCUUGCUCUCUCUUGUAGGUUACGAUGAGGAAUGGAGAGCGGAGCGGCGGCGAAGACAACACCAACUGUUGCUGAUGCUCGCGCCUCUCCCGCGCGUUCGACUGGCCGUGGGGAGUUAUUAAGCCGUUGCUAGCGUCCUCCCGCCCCCACCUCGCGCUGUUUAUGUGCGUGAGCCUCCGUGCGCGUCGCCAGACGGUUGCUUGGCCGGUUCGACCGGGGCCCUGUCGACGUCCGUGGUGGUGGCGGCCUGGCAUAUCCGCGCACCUAACCCGCUUCCUCAACUCCAGUAAGGAACCAUGCGGCUAUGUGGGGCGCUUCUAAAAAGCCCCAUUCCCAAACAAAUCGAAUACUACUCUCGCUUUUCCCCGUCGCCGCUCUCUAUUAAGCAGUUCCUGGACUUUGGACGUGAUAAUGCAUGUGAGAAAACAUCAUACAUGUUCCUGAGAAAAGAGCUUCCUGUGCGACUUGCUAAUACUAUGAGAGAAGUAAAUUUGUUGCCUGACAAUUUGUUGAAUAGGCCUUCUGUUAAGCUAGUACAAAGUUGGUAUAUGCAGAGCUUUCUUGAGCUAUUAGAGUAUGAAAAUAAAAAUCCUGAAGAUCCACAUGUUUUAGAUAACUUUUUAGAUAUUUUGAUUAAAGUCAGGAAUCGUCACAAUGAUGUUGUUCCUACCAUGGCCCAAGGAGUUAUUGAAUACAAGGAAAAGUAUGGAUUUGAUCCUUUUGUGAGCAGUAAUAUUCAAUAUUUUUUAGAUAGAUUCUAUACCAAUCGCAUCUCAUUUCGCAUGCUUAUUAAUCAGCACACACUGCUUUUUGGUGGAGUCACCAAUCCUGCUCAUCCAAAACAUAUUGGGAGCAUUGAUCCUACUUGUAAUGUGGCUGAUGUAGUAGAAGAUGCCUUUGCAACUGCCAAGAUGUUGUGUGAGCAGUAUUAUCAAGUCGCACCUGAUUUGGAAAUUGAAGAAUUCAAUGCUAAAGCACCAGGCAGGCCCAUUCAGGUUGUGUAUGUACCCUCGCAUUUGUUUCAUAUGCUUUUCGAAUUGUUUAAGAAUUCAAUGCGAGCUACAGUAGAACUGCAUGAAGGGAAAUGUGAAAGCUAUCCAUCAAUUAAAACAUUAGUCACUUUGGGAAAAGAAGACCUGUCAAUAAAGAUAAGUGAUAAAGGUGGUGGUGUACCUCUGAGAAAAAUAGAUCGCCUUUUCAAUUAUAUGUAUUCAACUGCUCCCAGGCCUAGUUUGGAGCCAUCAAGAGCUGUACCUUUGGCUGGAUAUGGGUACGGCCUGCCAAUUUCUCGUCUUUAUGCUCGAUAUUUUCAAGGUGACCUCAAACUAUAUUCUAUGGAAGGAGUGGGUACAGAUGCAGUAAUCUAUCUGAAGGCACUAUCAAGUGAAUCAUUUGAAAGACUACCAGUUUUUAAUAAGUCAGCUUGGCGACAUUACAAAACCACUCCAGAAGCGGAUGAUUGGAGUAACCCUAGCAGUGAACCGAGGGAUGCUUCCAAACUAGCCUGCAGUCCUGGGAUUUCCUGAAAUAUUUUCCCAUCCAGGUAGCAAUUAACGGCAGUGCCAGCUCUUGGCUCUUCAUCUAUCUUGGGAUCCUCCUGCUGUAAGAACAUCAUGCCUCCACCCUUAUAGUGUGCUGUAUUCCCUCUCUCAAAAUAAUUUGAAAACCUAGGAUCUAACAACAUCUUAAAAACUCUCUUUGCUUCUUGGCUCUUUCCCCUGAAAUUGUCCUCAAGCAAGUGUUUCACGGUACUUCACUCAUUCCACAGAAAUUAGUCUGUUUUUAAAUUCAUUGAUUCUGUUAACCUUAAUGGAACUUUGUGUUGUUCUGUACAACACCUAUAUGUCACUGUUAGGUAGUGGUGUUUUUAUUUGGUUAGAAUGGAGCUUCAUUUGGUUAGAAAACCUUUUCCUAAGAGAAGGAAAAGCUUGUUCAUGCACAUUUAUUAAACAUAAUUAGUUCAUUGGUUUAAUAUGAGAGAGGAAAUAGCUCCUUUUGUAUGACUCUAUGAUUUUUAAAUUAUUUUUAAUAGUGAAAUAAAAAAGAAUAAUGUCAGUAGGAAAAAUGGCAAUGAUUAUAAAUGAAGAAAACAAAAAACACCAAAAUAUAUUGUGAUGUUUAAAAUAAAAAUAACAAAGAGGAAAAAUAACAAAAAUGUAAAAAGAUCUCUAUAAUAUCCAUAGGCAUUGAUACAAAAUUAAUCCAGUUCAUAAACUUAUUAAAUAUGUCAGAUGAAAAUAUAUUUCAUCUUAUUUCAGAACACACAAACUUCUAAAAAGGACAGAAAAUUGUAUCCUGAACCCAAUCCUUAAAAACAGAUGGAUAUGUCUCUUUCCAUUUAGAUAAAAUUAUUCUCUUAGCUUUGCCUAGGCUUGAUAAAGCCAAAACUCUUAAUGAGAUAACAACUAUACUUCAACAGCACAUUAAGUGUUUUAAGGAUUUUUUUCUCAGAAUUUAUUGACAUACGUAGUAAUUUGAAAACAAUAUGACAUAGCCGAACCAGUUCAGAUUAUAUGAAUUAAGGAACCUUCAAAUCUUUUUACAGCAUUAGCAUGAAAAAAUCUAAUGCCUAACCCUUUUUAAACAUUUAAGAAUGGUACAAAAGCAUGACAUACUUUCUGGUGAAUUAAUUUUGUUUUUAAAUCAUAGGAAGUAUGGUUUAUAUUUCUUAACAUCAGAAUCCAUUGAUUCUUCAAAAUUGAGUAUUCCAGUUUUUCAUUCCACAAUUCAGGUAAAGAACUGAUAACAAACUUUUUUUAUCUUUUAUUUAAAUUGGAUUAAUGGUUUCCAUUAGAAUGCUGCUUCUAUUGAGGUUCCUAAAAUUUCAGGUAAUUCUGCUAAUGUAUUGGCUAUUUUGCUUAGUAAAUCUCUCAACUGUACCGGUAUCUAUUGAUAUGUGAAUGUUGUAGGAAAGUCAUGUUCAAAAUGCAGUCUUGCAAAAGUUUUCGAAACAACAUUUAGAAGUCAACCAGAUCAAAAUAUCGAUCUUUUAUUUGCCUAAAGUGUUCCAUUAAGCUAUCUUACCUGCUAUUUUCACAUUUGGCUAUUCCUCAAUGUUGAAUUCUCAUGUGAUUAAGGAUCAAAACUUAACCACUUAACUGUUAGUAACCAAACGUUUCUGGCAGCUAUCAAGGUUAAUAACAAAGAUCCCUCUUUAAUAUUUGUGCCCUAAAACUUGCUAGUAUUUCAGAGGUAUUCAUGUUUACCUCUGUAUACCCAAAGAGAGGAAUAUUCAUAGAAGGUUGUAUUCUAAACAAAUAUAGUUGUUAAAUGCCUUGUGAUAUAAUUGAAAAAUCUGGCAGGUUAAAACCAAAAUCAUAAUAAGAUAACCUCAUUAUGGCCAAAGAUAUUUGAGGAGAAUUAACUUGUCAUAUAAAUGUACUCCAUAGUAUGGAUCAUUCUUGCAAUAUUUAACAUGUCCACUUUAAAAGUUCAUAAAGGUGGAAAAGACCUGCAUUCUGACCUUAGAAAACUUUUUUGGACCAAGUUGGGAGUGCUUGCCUAGGUAGUUCUGCAUUACAUAAGAAGCUCACAUGAAUGUGACAGGAUGAAAUAUACUAAAGAAAGGGAUUGCCUUCUCACGGAAUUCCAAACACAUGGAGCUCUUCAUAAUACUCCGUAACAUGGUAACAUGUUCUAGAAGUCUGGUGUUGCCACAUAUAAAGUUAUUUCACUGUAAAUGCUGUAUCUCUCCCUUCUCUUCAUACUGUGCAAUAAAAAUACUA